UUAUUUAUACCAUUUCCGCGUCCCCCCACCCUCCUCCCCCGCUUUCCCAAUCGAGGCGAGCACCGCAAUUGCAGGGUUCCGGAGGCCGAAUAAAAAAGUUUGGCCUCUCCCCGCAAAAAAGUAAAAAACCCAAAACAACCAUCCACCAGCGCAUCGCGGCACCGCGAGCGAGCGAGCGGAGGGAGGGAGGUGGAGAGCAAAAGUUCGAUAAAAGGAGAGGAGGAGACGAAGCGUCGAAGCCCAAGUAACAUCCCCCCAACCUCCGCCUCCUCCUCCUCCCCCUCCUCCCAUGCCCGCAUCGAGAUCUUAGCCGCGCCGGAGAUCGAGAGGGAGGAGCGGCGACGCGGGCGCCCCCGAUCCCUCCUCCUCGCCGCCGCCGCCGCCGGCGGCGCCGGAGCAGCAGCAGCCGACGACGACGACGACCGCCGCAGCAGCCGAUCGGUAAGUGAUCCGAUCCGCCUGCGUGCCCGGGCCCCGGGUCCGAUCGGCGGCGGAUCGCGGCCGGAUCUGGUACGGAUCGCGGCGAGGGGCGGCCGGAUCUGGGGGAGGAGGGGAGGGGAGGACGCGAUGGAGGCGGACUCCGGGAAGCUCUUCGUCGGCGGCAUCUCGUGGGAGACGGACGAGGACCGCCUCCGCGAGUACUUCAGCCGGUUCGGGGAGGUCACCGAGGCCGUCAUCAUGCGGGACCGCAACACCGGCCGCGCCCGUGGGUUCGGCUUCGUGGUCUUCACCGACGCAGGCGUCGCCGAGCGGGUCACCAUGGAUAAGCACAUGAUCGACGGGCGCAUGGUGGAAGCGAAGAAAGCUGUUCCCAGGGACGACCAGAGCAUCACCAGCAAGAACAAUGGCAGCAGCAUAGGGUCACCUGGACCAGGCCGUACUAGAAAGAUCUUUGUUGGAGGCUUGGCCUCUAAUGUUACUGAGGUUGAAUUUAGAAGGUAUUUUGAGCAAUUUGGUGUGAUUACGGAUGUGGUUGUCAUGUACGACCACAACACGCAGAGGCCUAGGGGCUUUGGAUUCAUCACCUAUGACUCAGAAGAUGCGGUGGACAAGGCACUGCACAAGAACUUCCAUGAGCUGAAUGGUAAGAUGGUUGAGGUCAAGAGAGCUGUUCCAAAGGAGCAAUCACCUGGACCUGCUGCACGUUCACCUGCGGGAGGGCAGAACUAUGCUAUGAGCAGGGUCCAUAGCUUCUUGAAUGGUUUCAACCAGGGUUAUAACCCAAACCCUAUUGGAGGUUAUGGCAUGAGGGUUGAUGGAAGGUAUGGUCUGCUUACAGGCGCACGGAAUGGAUUCUCUUCAUUUGGCCCUGGUUAUGGAAUGGGCAUGAAUUCUGAAUCUGGGAUGAAUGCGAAUUUUGGCGCCAAUUCUAGUUUUGUCAAUAACUCCAAUGGGCGGCAGAUAGGUUCAUUCUACAAUGGUAGUUCAAACAGAUUAGGUAGUCCUAUUGGUUAUGUUGGUCUUAAUGAUGAUUCAGGAUCACUAUUGAGUUCAAUGUCAAGGAAUGUUUGGGGUAAUGAAAAUCUGAACUACCCAAACAACCCCACAAACAUGAGUUCUUUUGCACCAUCUGGAACUGGAGGUCAAAUGGGUAUUACCAGUGACGGUAUUAAUUGGGGAGGGCCUACUCCUGGCCAUGGAAUGGGCAACAUUUCAAGCCUUGGGCUGGCUAACCUUGGCCGUGGAGCUGGAGACAGUUUUGGCUUGCCUUCUGGCAGCUAUGGAAGGAGCAAUGCAACUGGUACCAUUGGUGAACCCUUCUCUGCACCACCCAAUGCAUAUGAAGUGAACAAUGCAGAUACAUAUGGCAGCAGCUCCAUUUAUGGAGACUCAACUUGGAGGUUCACGUCAUCUGAGAUUGAUAUGCCUCCUUUUGGUAAUGACCUUGGAAAUGUUGAUCCAGAUAUCAAAUCAAACAUACCAGCAAGUUACAUGGGCAACUAUACUGUUAAUAAUAAUCAGACAAGCAGAGGUAUCACUUCCUAGCGAGAGUACUAUUAUAUUCAUAUAUGACUUGGGAUAGAUGAAAGAAGCAUUAUAUCAGGUAUUCAGGUGCAUGACUAUGAAUUGGUGAUAUCAGGUUAAUAUACGGGUUAGUUAAUUGUUUCUAGCUAACCAGAGGUGUGGUUUAUGGACACCACCAUGCUAGAGGAGCGAAUACAAACGUUUUGUGAAGGUUUCAGAUUUUAGUUUAAUUCCUACAUGUAUUAGGUCUUGGUUUUUGAAUGAGAUGUGCAGUGGUGAUUGCGGCACAUACUUAGAGUGUUCCAACAUAAGCUGGAAUCCUGUCAUAUGGACAAACUUGUAUACCAAAGGAAUGCUUUAUUAUCUUGCCCAUUUAUGGCUACAUUAGCUCGCUUGUUUUCAUUCCCUUUUUAACCAAUUCCAUUUGUAUACUAGAGAUCUGCUUGACUUACUAGUGAAACUAUUCGGGGACGCCGAUCCUAUCUUUGCAGUUGGCUCCCAGAAAUAAAGCCACCAAAAGUGCAUACUUAUUUGUUCUA